AUGUCUGGCAGCCUUUGGGGCUCUGUGACUUCUCUCUUGCUCUUGGUGCUGCUGGCGCUUCUCCCUCAGGUUCAUCCCCACAGAGCUACGGGGCCCCGGUUUUUAAUAAGCGACCGUGACAGAGACCCACAGUGUAACCUCCACUGCUCCAGGUCGCCCACCAAGCCCCUCUGUGCCUCCGACGGCAGGACGUAUGAGUCGAUGUGUGAUUAUCAGAGAGCAAAGUGCAGGGACGCGAGCCUGAGUGUGGCCCAUCGAGGCAGAUGCAAAGAUGCUGGUCAGAGCAAAUGCAGAUUAGAAAGGGCUCAAGCACUGGAUCAAGCAAAGAAGCCACAAGAAGCAGUCUUCAUUCCAGAGUGCAGCGAGGAUGGAUCAUUCACCCAAGUGCAGUGCCAUACCUAUACUGGAUAUUGCUGGUGUGUCACUCCGGAUGGCAAACCUAUCAGUGGUUCUUCCGUACAGAACAAAACUCCUGUAUGUUCAGGUUCAGUAACUGACAGGCCAUUAGGACAGGGUAAUUCUGGGAGAAAAGAUGAUGGUUCGAAACCAACACCCACCAUGGAGACCCAACCUGUUUUUGAUGGAGAAGAAAUCACAGCUCCCACACUUUGGAUUAAGCACUUGGUCAUCAAAGAUUCGAAACUGAACAGCUCUAGUAUGAAAAAUUCAGAGAAAGUUAUUUCAUGUGACCAGGAGAGACAAAGUGCUCUUGAAGAGGCCAGCCAGAACCCCCGAGAAGGGAUUGUUAUCCCUGAAUGUGCUCCUGGAGGGUUGUACAAGCCAGUGCAGUGUCAUCAGUCCACUGGAUAUUGCUGGUGUGUUCUGGUAGACACUGGUCGCCCCCUACCUGGUACCUCUACCCGAUACGAGACCCCUGUGUGUGAAAGCAAUGCCAGAUCAAGGAGCCCAGAAAUUGAUGACCCAUUCAAAGACAGAGAACUUCCAGGCUGCCCGGAAGGGAAAAAAGUGGAAUUCAUUACCAGUUUACUGGAUGCUCUCACCACAGACAUGGUACAGGCCAUUAAUUCAGCAGCACCUGCUGGAGGUGGGAGGUUCUCUGAGCCUGACCCCAGCCACACACUGGAGGAGAGAGUAGUGCAUUGGUACUUCCGUCAGCUGGACAGCAAUAACAGCAAUGACAUAAACAAAAGGGAGAUGAAGCCCUUUAAGCGCUACGUGAAGAAGAAAGCAAAGCCCAAGAAAUGUACACGGCGCUUCACUGACUACUGUGAUCUCAACAAGGACAAGUCGAUCUCACUACAAGAACUGAAGGGUUGCUUGGGUGUCGGGAAGGAAGGAGGUAGCACUGGAAAUUUCCCCCAUGGAAAAAGACAAGGUGUUAAUCCUUUCAUAGGACGUCUUGUCUAAAAGCUGAUGGGAAAGCAUGACACGGAAGGAAGGAAGGAAGGACAGGACAGGACACAUUGCCAUCUGAAAAAAUCAACCAUGUGGGACUGGCAACAUCCAACGUUGCAGAAGUGGCAGCCACAACAUUUGCACUUUUAAAAACAAAAAUCGAAGAGGGAUGGAAGUUGGUCUACUUUUAAUGUCAUUAUCUAGUACUUUGGAGAACUAAAGAAAAAAGGAGAACAUUACAUUUUGGAAAGAAAACUGAACAGCUACUGAUGAUUUAAAUUUUGAGGAUUACUUGGACUUGAAGAGAAAUGUUUAAUAUACUGUAUAUAAAUGUAAAUUGUACAGUGGUCUUGUGCUGGCCUUAGUGUGACAAUUUGGUCCCUGCCUAAGACUUCUUCUAAGGUAGUAAAAAUU